AUAUAUAAGGCUUUUAGAAUCAACCAUUCAGCACCACACUGUGUCAUCUUAUCGAGGCUGAACAAAGAAAAAUCAAAAUGAAGAUUACAAUUUGUCUGCUGUUUGCCCUCUGUAGCGCAGUCAGUGCCCGCCUUUACAAAGGAGGAAAUCUUGGAGGAUGGGGUGGUGGAUGGGGAAGUGGACGCGGUGGUGGAUGGGGAAGUGGACGCGGUGGUGGAUGGGGAGGUGGACGCGGUAGUGGAUGGGGAGGUGGUCGCGGUGGUGGAUGGGGAGGUGUAUCGGGUGGUGGUUGGGGAGGUAGCAGAAGAUACGUAGGAUCCGGACAUGUAUAUGUUGAAAGACAGCCUUGGUGGGGUAGCUAUGGUGGAUAUGGUGGUAGAGGCGGUGGAUAUGGUGGUUACAGUGGUGGAUAUGGUGGAUAUGGUGGAUAUGGUGGUUACAGUGGUGGAUACGGGGGUGGUUCCGGAAGUAGUAAAGGAUAUUAGAUGCAGAUUCUUUCCCACAACGGACAACGGAUAAUGUUCUCUUUUUAACAUUUAAUAUAUUAAAUAUUGUCUUAGCAUUCAA